AUUUUUGUCUAUGGGAUUCCUUUACAUUUUAAUUUUUUCGUCUGCAUUUCUGAUUUCAUUUCAAAAACCAAUUUUAAUUUUUAAAUUAUUACUAUUACAAUAAUCAUAUGAAAUUCACUUGUGUCUGAACAUUUAAUUCAACACUACAGAUAUUUUUAACAUUGCACCGAAAAAAUCAGAGUAAAACAUGUCGUUGUUUCGUAAACCUAAAAAGUUUCAAAGACGUAUGUUUUGUGGUGAUGAUGAUGAUGACGGAGACCCCGAGCCACCUCCGCCACCAAUCAUAAGCCACAAUAGGAAGGAAAACAAGCCAGUUAAAACUACAACGCUAUUAAGCUUUGCUGAUGAAGAGGAGGAGACAGAAGUGUUCAAAGUGAAGAAGUCCUCACAGAGCAAGAAGUUGAGCAAACGCAGGGACAAGGAGAAGCGCAGGGCACCAGACGGUGAUAGUAAUAAAUAUGACAAUCAUAAUGAUGACAUCACUUUUGAACAACCAGCUGAGGACGAAAAUAAAGAAAAAGAGAAACAACCCAAGCAAAAGAAGCGGGUCAACCUUGAGGGGCUGAUCCUGUCCGGGCGGGAGGCACUGGCGGCGGGCGCGGGGGACUUGUCCGACAGCGGGGGGGAGGGGGAAGGAAGAGAUACAGAGGAAGAUAGUAGGGGGUUCCACCGGUACCGGCCGGAGACGGUGCGCGCGGCGCUGGCCGUGGCGCACUCUGGCCACAUCCCCGAUGCUGCACUCAUCCACGCGGCACGCAAAACGCGACAGCAGGCUCGCGAGCUCGGGGACUUCGUGCCGAUACACUCGGAGAGCGGGCCCGGCUCGCGGCUGAUACGAGACGAUGGCGACGAUGAUGAUGAUGACGAGGACGGUAGGAUACAGGUGCGAGGGUUGGAACUGCCGAGCGACAAGCCUAUACGAGGUACGGCGGCGGCGGCGCUGUCGGACGAGGAGAAUAACAGCGAAACUGAAGAAUGGGAGGAGCAACAAAUGCAGAAGGCCAUGUCUGCCAUGGGAGACAUCACAGGCAAUGGUAUCGAGCUGAACCCGUUCGCCGUGGCGCCGCCGCCGCCGCAGCUGGGCGAGACCCCGGCGCACCUGCGCCCGCUGCGCGCGCCCGGCGACCCGCCGCCCGCCAACAUGGACGAGCUCGCCGACGCGCUGCAGCAGAGGUUGAUGGAGCUGGAGAUGAGCCGCCAGGAGACGAUGAACAAGCGCGAGGCGGUGCGCGAGCGGCUGCUGGCGGCGGCGCGCACGCGCGAGUCCUGCCACGCGCGCUGCGCCGAGCUGGAGGCCGCGUACCGGCGCGCGCAGGCCGCCCGCGGGUACAUCACCGACCUGGUCGAGUGCUUGGACGAGAAGGUGCGUGUCGCUCGCUGCACAUUGUCUACCGCCAGCAGACGAUCAGACGAUGAACAAGCGCGAGGCGGUGCGCGAGCGGCUGCUGGCGGCGGCGCGCACGCGCGAGUCGCGCCACGCGCGCUGCGCCGAGCUGGAGGCCGCGUACCGGCGCGCGCAGGCCGCCCGCGGGUACAUCACCGACCUGGUCGAGUGCUUGGACGAGAAGGUGCGUGUCGCUCGCUGCACAUUGUCUACCGCCAGCAGACGAUGAACAAGCGCGAGGCGGUGCGCGAGCGGCUGCUGGCGGCGGCGCGCACGCGCGAGUUGCGCCACGCGCGCUGCGCCGAGCUGGAGGCCGCGUACCGGCGCGCGCAGGCCGCCCGCGGGUACAUCACCGACCUGGUCGAGUGCUUGGACGAGAAGAUGCCGCAGCUGGAGGCGCUGGAGGCGCGCGCGCUGGCGCUGCACCGGCGGCGCUGCGAGUUCCUGGUGGAGCGGCGCCGCGCCGACGUGCGCGACCAGGCGCAGGACGUGCUCGCGCUGGCUGCUCGCGCCGGCGCCGCUAAACCAGUCGACUCAGAGGAGAAAAGACAACGCGCAGCGGAGCGAGAGGGAAGACGGCGCGCGAGGAGGUUGAAGCGAGAGGCAGCAGGCACCGCGUCCGCGCAUCGGGACGGAGACUCGAGUGACGACGAGCUGCCGCCCGCGCAGCUGCACCACGCGCAGCAGGAGACAGAGGCAAUCCGCGCGCUGUCCGGGCGGCUGUUCUCGGACGCGUUGAGCGCGUGGCGCGACGUGCGCGGCGUGUGCGCGCGACUAUCGCGUCUGCGCCGGCGCCAUCCCGUGCUCUACAACGACGCGUACGUCGCGGACUGCCUGCCCAAGCUGCUGGCGCCGUACGUGCGACAUCAGUUAAUAUUAUGGAACCCGUUAGCGGACGAAGACAACGAGGACUAUGAAAAAAUGGACUGGUACAAAUGCCUCAUGAUGUACGGCGUCAGGUCGGAGAAGGUGGCCAGUGACUCUGACGAGUCCUCGGAGUCGGACAGCGAGGCCCGGGAGCCUCCGCGCGUGACGGAGGACUCGGUGCGCGAGGACCCCGACCUCAUGCUGGUGCCAACGAUUAUUGAUAAGGUUGUGUUGCCGAAAGUUACUGAGCUGGUGGAGGCGGCGUGGGACCCGGUGAGCGUGCGCGCGUGCGUGCGCCUGCGCCGCCUGCUGGAGCGCGCCUGUGAGCUGCCCGCCAGCGCCGCGCUGCCGCGCCUGGCCGCCGCCGCGCGCGCCCGCCUCGCGCACGCGCUCAACGCGGACGUGUUCCUGCCCGCGCUGCCGCCGCAGCUGCUGGAGGGUCCGGGCGGCGCGUUCUGGCGGCGCUGCCUCGGCAGCGGGGUGCGCUUGCUGCGCGCCGCGCUCGCGCUGUCCGCGCCGCCGCCCGCGCUCAACGCCAACUCGCUGGUGCUGGCGCUCGUCGAGACGCUGUGCUGCGCGGCGGGCGCGGCGCCGGGCGUGCAGGUGGCGGGCGCGGCGAGCGCGCUGGCGGACACGCUGCCGCGCGCGGGCGAGCUGCGGGCGCGCGCGCUGCGCCGGCUGGCGGCGCUGGCGCAGCUCGCGCUGUCGCGGCUGCACUCCGACAACCCGCUGCAUCUGAAAGCUCUGGAGCAAGCAAGGAACUCCUUAUUCAAAGUUUUACUGGGAACAUGUACACUUAUUGUGUUAUUAACAAAUUCUAUGGUUAAAUGCAAGAUGACACAUCUACUACUUUCUAAACUCUACACAAACCUAGGAGUGCCAGUAUGA